CCCAUGCACAGGGGGCGCUCAACCACACAUGAACGUCAACUUUGACGUCUACACCACGUGACGAUUUCAAAACUACCGGGAAAAGUCACUGGAGUUCAGCCUCGUAGCGUGAAAUUGUUGCUGUUUUCUAAAAUGGUGCAGGAAUUCCAUGUACUGAAGUGCUAUUCUUGUGAGGCAUUCCAAGUGCAACAGGUGAAAAAGAGCAAAAAAUGGAAUUGUAAGAUGUGUGGGGAGAAGCAGUCUAUAAUCAAGGUGUUCGGCCGUGGCUCAGGUGUUGACUGUCGACGUCAUGUGCAGAAACUAAACACCAGGCGCGGGGAGAUUCUGGAGGAUCAAAACCAGAAAGCUUGGUUACAAUGGGAGAAUACAGGAGAGAAAGCUGAAGGGAGCGAGCUGGGAGACGAGGCCCAGGAACGUGAUAACCACACCGUGGUGGACAUUAAGGGGAGUCGCUGGAGUAAAUACCUGCUGAACCCUUCAGGUGUUCCCAGCCCUGAGGAAGAUGGAGAGGAGGAUAAUGUUUACAUGGACAGGAACCAUAGUCCUGCCUGCAGAAACAUCCGGAAGAGGAAGAGAGGUCGAGGAGGAAGCACUUAUCAAACUAGAGAAGAAGACAGAGAAACUUCCCAAGGCGAUUGGAGGACUGCUGGGAAAAAGACAGCAGCACACCCCAGCACAUUCCCCAGCUCAUUCCCUGCAGCAGAGGGGUCUGCUUCCUGCAGGCCUGCCCCAGCCCGUACUAACCCCUCACCUGGGAGGGCCACCAGCCAACCACCACCUUCAACCCCAACCACCAGCCAACACCCUUUGAACCCUGCUGUCCCCAACAGACUCAAUACCAGUUCUUGCCGGCCUGUAUCUUCUGCUGACGCUGCAGUCUCCAAGACGUCCAGGUGGGCCCAGUUCCUGACCAGUCCCUCACCAGAGGAGCAGGAGGAAAAAUUCCUCAGCCAGCAUGUGGACAGAGAUGUAGAUCCAGUCCAGGACUAUACCAAGGCUCCUGCAACACUGCCAGGCUGUGUUAGCUCCUACCUGGGUCAUAGCUCCUCCUCCCAGCAUGCUAGCUCCUCCCAGGAUGCUAGCUCCUCCUCCCAGCAUGCUUGCUCCUCCCAGGAUGCUAGCUCCUCCUCCCAGCAUGCUUGCUCCUCCCAGGAUGCUAGCUCCUCCUCCCAGCAUGCUUGCUCCUCCUCCCUGGGUCUCCUUGCAAAGGAUGGGUUCUUGGGAAGGAAGUUAGGGAGCAGUUUCAGCAGACUGCGAUCCACCUUCAGCGUCUGUGGGUUCGGGGACGUCGCUCAUGGCAACCGAGGCCCCGCCCCCGUAGCGUUGCAUCAGAGGGAGGAGACUGUCUGUCAUCAGCCGCCGCCCACCAAGAAGCCACGCCCCUCCCUCCCCGCCGUGUCUCUCUUCAACACGGACGAGGACUUCGACGACGCGUUUGAACUGUAACACUCACCAGUCUUGGUUGCUCAUGUGGGUGAUGUUUGAGACUUAACUGAUUUCCAUAAAAACACACAUGACACAACAGAA